AUGCCGCCAAAAAAAAAUCAAAAACAACCAGUUGCUAAGAAAAAGGACAACGUCGAUAAGACGUUUGGUAUGAAGAAUAAGAACAGGUCUACCAAGGUCCAAAAAUAUAUCAAACAGGUCCAAUCUGAUCCGCUGAAGGAAGAUUUGAAGAGACAAAAACUAGAAGAGAAAAAAAGAUUGGAAGCUGCUGAAGCAGAGAGGAGAGCAUUAUUUAAUCCGGUUCUUGAUCAGCGUGUGAGAGCGGGUGUAGAUCCAAAGACUAUCGUUUGUGCUUUGUUCAAGUUAGGUAACUGUAACAAAGGUAAUAAGUGUAAGUUUUCACAUGAUUUGAAUGUGGGUAGAAAAGUUGAGAAGAGGGAUUUAUAUCAAGAUGCGAGAAGUGAAAAGGAAGAAGAUACAAUGGACAAUUGGGAUGAAGAGAAAUUGAGAUCUGUCAUUACGUCUAAACAUGGUAACCCAAGAACUACAACUGAUAAAGUUUGUAAAUUCUUUAUAGAAGCAGUUGAAAACGGUAAAUACGGUUGGUUUUGGGUCUGUCCUAAUAAUGGUGAUAAAUGUAUGUAUAGACACUCUUUACCAGAAGGUUUCGUGCUGAAAACAAAAGAACAACAACGUCUGGAAAGAGAAAGUUUGGCAAACCAACCAAAGAUUACUCUAGAAGAAUUCAUCGAAACAGAAAGAGAAAAAUUAGAUAGGACUAAAUUAACUCCAAUCGUCGUUAAGAAUUUCGCAGAAUGGAAAAGAAAUCAUAUGAUUGAAAGAAUUAAUUCUGAUAACGAGAAAAAUAGUAAAAAGAAACCUACUGGUCGUGAAGUGGUUUUGAAAAUGUUCAAGGAUAACAAGAACUUUGAUGAGACCACGAUUGCUGAUGGUACACAAGGUUCAACUUGGGAUUUGACUGAAUUCACAAAUGCACUACAUGAAGCUGAACAUAAAGAUGACAUUGCUAUUAAGGAUUAUGGUGAUGGCAGUAACCCAACUUUUGAGAUUGUUGUUAAUAACUCAAUCAAAAGCACAGCAUAA